GGACAGCCUGCGCACAGACGAAAAGAGAUCAACAAUCAAAGCCGGAACAGCAGAAUGCUACCUCUUUCAUUGUCCUGGGGAUUUGGAGCAGUCGUGGUGUUGUGCUGGAGUUCUGUGUGGCCUCAAGUCCGAUCAGCGCUUUCACCCGAGAAUGAGGUGCCCCUUCGACCCACAACAUGGCUGCCAGAGGGGAAGAUCACCCAUGUAAAGCUGCCCAAAGGGAGGACUGUUAGGCUGUACUUCAUCCUAAAGAAGAAGACACCAGGAAUGUCAGUGACCGUCAGCCCCUGUAAUUUGCCGAUUGAGUGGAGUUUAGCAGCACGGACUUUGAAGGAUAACCCACUCAAGAGUUUGCAGUGGAGCACAAAGAAGAGCACGCCAGAGGUUUGGUGGCGAGGUCCAGGCACUGAGGAGAAAAUCCACAGCUUCUCUGGAAACUCCGUGGACACUUAUACAGGCCAUAAUUCCCCUCACGCCUCCAUCUACAUCGUGAGACUGCGCUCCAAACAGCAGAGCUCCAAAGCCACAGUGUACCUCCAUGAUGGCGUGGGACCCUCUGGAGCAUUCCCACUGCUCCCAAAGGACACCCAUGUUCAUACCCUAGGAGUUGGGAUGACCAGUGUCACACUGAAUUGGUCGCCAAGUCCUUCCCUGACCACAAAGAAAGGUUACGAGUACUGUGUUUUGGUCAACUCCAAAAGCAAUUACCCCAGUGUAUGUGCGGCGCAAGAGAGCAUCCGGAGAAAAGUAGAGGAUAUCCAAAAUAGGAAUGAGAAGAAAAGAAGGAUGACGCCAUGGCCAAUAUUAAAGGAGUGGUGGUGGGAGCAGUGGGACAGCUAUCCAGACCCCCAAAACACUGAUGAAGCAGAAGAGUUGCAGUGUGUAUGUAAAGGUGCAGAGAAUGUGUGCACUGUGUCUGAGCUCUUACCUGACACUCAAUAUUACUUUGAUGUUUUUGUGAUGGACAAGUUGAAUGAAACCAGUGUGGCAUACACAGGGACAUAUGCGCGAACCCAUGAAGAGGCACGUCCAGAUAUUAUCACUCUAAGAGAAGGAGAACUCCGAUGGGUCAACUUUCCAGAAAGGAGCUUCAACUCCGAGCAGUUCUUCAGUUUCCGUCCACGGGGCUGGCAGCAGAGUGGUCUCCUCACACUGCAGAGCUGUGGGAAAGAUGAUAAAGUCAAGGUCACUGUGUCCAGUAAAGGUCAAGUGUUGGAGAGUCAGAAAGUGGGGGGAGAUUUGGUGCAGAUUUGGCUCCAGGGAAGCCCGUCUUAUUUGAUACACUUGGAGAGAGAAGGGACUCCUACAAAGACGACUCUUGUUGCUCUACCAGCUGGACUCACUGCCUCAGUGAAAAUGCAGACAUCCUCUGCCUAUCACAAAAGAGGGAUUCCAUCUCUGCCAUCAACUUUACAGAUCAAGUCUUUCAACAAGCUGCGCACAUGUAACAGUGUGACUAUAGCCUGGAUGGGGACAGAGGAGCGGAGCCUUUACUGUGUAUAUCGCAGAAAGUUAGACGGUCAGGAGGCUGAGUCUGGAAAGGCAUUAGCUCUGAACGCCCCCUGUCUGGGCCCAGAGUCCCGCUCUGACACAGAGAGGGUCCUCUGUAAGUAUUUUCAGGAGCUCAACCCCCGGCGCGCUGUCACCACAGCUGUGAUCAGCGGCCUGGAGCCUGGAAUGGCCUAUGUGUUUGAUGUCUAUCUAAUGAGACGCUGGGGGAUCCCUAUCAAAUACACUAGCAAGAUGGUUAAGACAAGAAGAGACUGCUGAGCUGCC